GCGCGGACUCUGUAGCGGACGGCACACGGAGCCGCACGUUUUUGCGUUCGGCUGCUUACUUCGGCUUACUCCGGCCUCACGAUCGACUCGAGCCGGUGAAAUAUGCCGACGAGUCGCCUGCCGCGCGUGUCCUCGUGAAAUGGAAACGAGGCGGGAGGAGAUUUUCAGUUAAUUUUCGGCCCGUCUGUGCUUGCCUGGACUGUACCGCGCACGCGGCCGCGGGGACGACGAUGUGCUCGGCAGCGCCGCCGUGAGGGGCAGCCUGGGAGGACCUAACCGGCGAGAGUGCGGCGUGGACUCGGCGAGUGAGUGUUUCUGUGAUGAGUGAGCUGCGAUUGAAAUGUGAUACCGACGACUGGUGACCGACUUUGGAUACCCAACCGCCCGGCACAAGCAUGGGGGCGCUCUUCCGCUCCGAGGAGAUGGCCCUGUGCCAGCUCUUCAUCCAGCCCGAGGCGGCCUACUCGUCCGUCUCCAUGCUGGGAGAGCUGGGCAUCGUGCAGUUCAGAGACCUGAACGCGAACGUGAACAUGUUCCUCCGCAAGUACGUGGGCGAGGUGCGGCGCUGCGACGAGCUGGAGCGCAAGCUGCGCUACAUCGAGGCGGCGGUGCGCGAGAACGGCAUCGCCCUGCCCGAUCCGCAGGUCGUGCCCAAGGCGCCCAACCCGCGCGAGAUCAUCGACCUCGAGGCCAACCUGGAGAAGACGGAGAACGAGAUCGUGCAGCUCAGCCAGAACGCCGUCAACCUCAAGUCCAACUUCGUCGAGCUGCAGGAACUGAGGCACGUCUUGGAGAAGGCGCAGGUGUUCCUGACGGAGGAAUAUUGUCUUUUUCCAGCUGCACCAUUUGUGUUUCAGCAAGAGGAGUCAGACUCGAGCCGUGCGCUCAUUGGCGGCGACGACCGAGGCCGACUCGGGUUCAUCGCCGGGGUCAUCCAGCGCGAGCGCGUGCCCGGCUUCGAGCGCAUGCUGUGGCGCGUCUCCCGCGGCAACGUGUUCCUGCGCCAGGCCGAGCUCGACGAGCUCAUCGAGGACCCCGCCACGGGCAACAAGUUCCACAAGACGGUGUUCGUCGUCUUCUUCCAGGGCGAGAACCUCAAGGCGCGGGUAAAGAAGGUGUGCGCGGGCUUCCACGCGAGCACCUACCACUGCCCGAGCUCGGCCGCCGAACGCAAGGAGAAGCUGGCCCAGAUACGCACGCAGCUGGAGGACCUCAACAUGGUCCUCAACCAGACGCAGGACCACAGGCAUCGCGUGCUGCUCUCCGUGGGCAAAGAGGUCACCAAGUGGAUGGUGAUGGUGCGCAAGACCAAGGCCAUCUACCACACGCUCAACAUGUUCAACAUGGACGUCACGAAGAAGUGUCAGAUCGGCGAGUGCUGGGUGCCGUACGCUGACCUGGGCCUGGUUCGCGACGCUCUGGCCGACGGUGGAAAAGCCGUCGGCAGCUCGAUCCAGUCGUUCGUCAACAUCAUUGAGACGGCCGAGAACCCGCCGACCUUCAUCAGGACGAACAAGUUCACGGCGGGCUUCCAGGCGCUCGUCGACGCGUACGCCGUCACCAGCUACCGGGAGGUGAACCCAGCCCUGUACACCAUCGUCACCUUCCCGUUCCUGUUCGCCGUCAUGUUCGGCGACCUGGGCCACGGCCUCAUCGUCACCCUGUUCGCCGCCUACCUCUGCAUUUGGGAGAAGAAGUUGUCGCAGGUCAAGGGAGGCGGCGAGAUCUGGACCAUCUUCUUCGGCGGUCGCUACAUCAUCCUCAUGAUGGGUGUCUUCUCCAUCUACACCGGCCUCAUCUACAACGACGUCUUCUCCCUGUCCAUGAACAUCUUCGGGUCGUCGUGGAACGCCACGCGUAUCGCACACGACCCCAUCAUCGACAGCAGCAGGCACGUGACCAUGGACCCGGCCACCGAGGACUACGCGCAGGCGCCGUACGUCAUGGGCCUCGACCCCGUGUGGCAGACGGCGACAAACAAGAUCAUCUUCCUAAACUCUUUCAAGAUGAAGAUCUCCAUCAUCAUCGGGGUGGUGCACAUGGUGUUCGGCGUCAUGAUGAGCCUCAUCAACCACGUCCAGAACCGCAAGUACAUAUCCAUUAUCACCGAGUUUGUUCCCCAAAUGUUGUUUUUGCUGCUUCUCUUCGGAUACAUGGCCGUGAUGAUGCUCAUGAAGUGGAUCCUGUACUGGCCGACACAAGACCCCAGCGAGUUCAAAUCGUCGCCGACGUGCGCGCCCUCCGUGCUCAUCACGUUCAUCAACAUGAUGCUCUUCGGCGACAACCCCGAGGCGUUCACGUGCGACCCGUACAUGUUCCCGGACCAGAAGAGCGUGCAGCGGAUCCUGGUGCUGGCCGCGCUCGCCUGCAUCCCCGUCAUGCUGCUGGGCAAGCCUAUCGCCAUCCUGCUCACCAGGAGGAAACCGAAAUAU